AAUGGUACUUGCUUAUACGUGGUAAAAACCGUGCGGAUAUUUCUUUGUUUAAUUUAUUUUGUAAGGUAAACGAUUUCGUGUGUUAACAGAAAAAGACCAUCACCGAUGCAAUCGAGUGAUUGUAUCAACGCGGUGACUGAAGAUGACACGAAAAUUAACGAUACUGCUGUGCGUGGCGUUGUCCUUUUUGGCGGUGGACGGUCAGCUGGCGGUGGAUAUCAGAGCGCCCAGGAUAAGUGACUUUUUGAAUAGGAUUACCAACACGACGUUCGAUAUUAUACGGGGAGGGGUGAAUAUAUUUGGAAGAGCUGUUGACAGAGUAGUAAACACUUUCGGGAGAAUUGAAGACAGGCUUAGAGCCCUACUUGAACUUUUUAGGAAGCAGCUGCUAAAAGGAAUCCCAGAACUGAACAUACCUAUUUUGGAUCCUCUACAUAUCAACAAAAUCGAUUUUGACGUUAACCAUGAUUCCGCAAAACUGAAGGGUGGUGCUGAAGAUAUCACAGUAAAACAUAUCUCAAAAUUUAUCGUAGAUAAAGAAAAGUUCACAGAUCUGGGUAACUUAAGAUUUAAACUCGAUCUCAAUUUAACGUUUCCUUAUAUAAAGGUAAAUGGUACUUAUAAAAUUAAUGGAACAGUUGGACAAGCAUUUGUGAUACAUGGAAAUGGACCUUUCCGGAUUAACCUGAUCAAUUUGAAACUUGGCACGUCGACGAUUUUAAAAUUCAACCUACCUGCCCGCCUGAGAGUUGAACAAAUCAACGUAGAUGUGAAGCUCAAAAAGUUGGAAAAUAACUUUGGGAACCUUAUGAACGAUAACGAAACUGGGCAGUUAAUCAACAGAGCCAUCUCCGAGAUGGCUCCGGAAGCGCUGGAUAUUUUGUGGCCGGAAAUAAGACCAUCUAUAGAGAAACAAAUCAUAAAAUAUAUAAACAACAUACUGGAAAAUGCCACAGUGGUGAACUUGGCGAAGAGACUUUUCAACAUCCCAUAAAGUGGAGAACUUUUGUCUUCGACUACUAUUUAAUGUGGAAGAAGACAGACAACACAUCACAUAAAUUGUGGAGUAGCAUUUUUUGGCUCCUUGCCAAUUUAGUUGUUUUUUAAUUUAACACUGUGAUAGCCUAUGUAAAUAAACCUUUGGGAAAUAGGUACUGGAUAAAACAAUUAGUCACAUACAUACAAAAACAUUUAUUGUAGUAAAUAAAAUAUCUUUAAGUCGAAAAUAAAUAACUUUA